AGUGUGUAUGAUACUUGCAUGGAUCCCAGGAAGCCUAUUGAUUUUGAGGUCAAAAGGUCAAAGGUCAAGAUCACAGUGACAUGUUUUCAUCUUACCCUUCUGAAGUCCUUGUAAACGUGAUAACUUCAGUUUGACUUAAUCUAGGCUCAUAUAAUUUGGUGUGUAUGAUACUAGCAUGGAUCCCAGGAAGCCUAUUGAUUUUGAGGUCAAAAGGUCAAAGGUCGAGGUCACACUGACAUAUUUUCAUCUUACCCUGAUUAUGUGCUCGCCUUAGCGACACUCUUGUUCAAACAUCCAUGCAGAACUUUCUUAAUCAUUGUCUGAUUUCUUUUAAAUGUAUGUUUAUUUUUGUUUAGGGGAUACUUCAUACUUUAUCAAUGUUUAAUCAAGGUUGGAUUGAUGGAUUCCCCAUUAACAUUUCAAUCAGAAUAUCUUUUUUUUUUCUUUCUGUCUCUUUUUUGUCAGCUUUAGAUGAAAUUAACCUCUGCACUCAAACAGAACUAUGAAAAGCCAGUCAGUGAAAGAGAAUCAAGACGCAGACAUGGAUCUCUUCGAGGAAGAAAUCUUCAUGGAUUGUGUGUUUGAGGUCCCAUCGGAAGAAAGCCCUCCAGCUUCUUCGUUUGCGGUACCACCCAUAUUUGUUCCUUCGAUCGGACGGGGUGUCAAGAGAGUUCUUACUCCGUCUGAUAUUCCCCUUCCACAGGCGUACUACGACCAGCUGGAGCAAAAACGCAAAGCCACCCAUAUAGGACAAGCGCAACCACAGCCUUCUCAUCCUGGUGAUGGUGUCCCUAUGGCAAAGCCUCCAAGAGGAAAGGAAAAAAGCUCUUUACAACGGGAGCAGGUUGCUCAUCCAAGACCCAGAGGCCGGGGGAGAGGAAGGGUGAUAGAAAAGGGUUUCCAGGAAGCCAAGCCCAGUGUCUUGCAGAUCAGAGAUCUAGGACGUACAGGCUUACCCGAUGGAAACGAUGAUAUCGAAGAGGGGAAAGCUCGUUUGAUGCAGAUGUUCCUGGGCCGACAGUCUCAGUUCGAGCUUGACGCACAGUACGACUCCUCCGGCUCUUCGAUCCGAUCCGCUCCAAACUUUGACCUGAAGAACGAUAAGGACUUCCCGGAUAUCAUCUCAAAGGUGACGAAGGGGGUGCCCUUCAGGUCAUCCGGCGGGGGCUCCUUGGACGAGAACCUAAGGAGAAGGGCUACUUGCAAAGGUCUAAAAACCAGAGGACACUACAACAGUUCCAGAGAUGACGGGGUGUCGUCCAGUGGAGACACGAGUGAACGUAAAGGAGCAAGGUCAUCGUGUGAUGCUGACAUUGACACCAGUUGUGAACCCUCGACCUCACUGCUCAGAUAUAAAUCAUCUGAUGAAAGCAGUUCUCAGGCCCUUGAAGGUCCGAAUGUAUUGGAACUGGUCGGACUGCCAUCAAACCUCAGUAAAGAGGAUCUAGGUGACCUGCUCAUGGGGUGCGGUAACAUUAUAGAGAUGAGACUGCUCCGGGAUAAUGACUCCGGGGCUUGUAUAGGAUUGGCGUAUGUCAGGAUGGACAAUUCGGAAUCGUGUGAAUUAGCUGUUUCAUCGUAUCAUGAUAUGGAGUCCCCUUUCUCGGAAAGGUAUGAUGGGGACACACCUCAGCUAUCUGUCAGGAUCCUACCAUCAUGAUGCUUGCUGUAUUAGGCCAUUCCUAUUGCUGCAAAAAUAAGGAUGAAUUGCAAGCUGAUUCAAGCAAAGAUCUGCAAGCUGAAGGUCUUAUUGGAAGACGCUGACCAGACUGCUUUUGUGUUGAAAUCCCAGGUAUCUGUAAAGAUUCAAUGGUUUAGUAUUUGGAUUCACAUAAGAUAAUGUGCAAAGAUGCUAUGACUGCAGAUUGCUAUAAUCAUACAAUAUUUUGCAAUGUAGAUUUUUUUUUUGCACGUACCGAAAAGUAAAAAAAUAAUUGAAAGUUAGAAAAUUCAUGAUUUGGUGGCAAAAAAAAUUUAGAUCAAAAUUUUCAUUAGAACAGUUUCUUUUGAAGGAUGAUAUGAAGUUCCUUUUUAAGAUACAAUGUAUCUGUUCAGAGGACUUGCAGUUGUCUUCAAUUUGACCUAAUUGGCUAAGCGCACUUAAACGUGUGUGUCAUGAGCAAUUCACUCGAAAACAUUGUUGACGAAGCUGUUUGUGUAUUUUGGUAUUCAUUGCACAGAGUUUCCAUUAUUAUCAUGUUAUAUUGACUUCAUGUUUACUCAGGUUAUUGCCUGUAAUUGACACUGUAAUAGAGACUGAAGCUAUGAUGAACAUUCCAAUGCUUGUUCAUAUUCUUUGUACUUAAUAUUACAAAAAAAAUAUGUCAUUGGUAACAAUAUUGUAUCUUCAGUGACAGUACAUGAUGCAGAGUUGACAACUUAUUUGCGAUAUUUAAUACUGUUUCGUGGCUAAUCGAUUUGGCAAGAAUUAUCUCCCCAAGUCGACACAAUCAAGCUAUUAUACCAACAUAGAGAGAUGUGUUAUCUCACUAAUCAACGUUAUUAUGUCGACAUACAACUUAUUAUAUUUUCACUUGACGAGAUAAUGUAUCUCGCAAUUUUGACAUGAUAACAUUAUUGUAUAGAUUUAGCAAGAUAAAGUAUCUCGCCAUCUCAACAAGUCGGUGACACUUUAAAGCUUCCGUAGGUCUGUUUAUUGCGAAAAAGGAAGAUGCAAUUAUUUGUACUAAAAAUCUACAUUUUCAUGUGUUUCAACCCUCAAAAAAGCAUGAUGCUAUCUACAUACUUGGCAUUCUUGAGGAUUGUGAUUGUGAACAAUGUAUAUUAGUAAAUUACUUAAUUGCAUUUUUACUGGAAAACUAUGAAAGCAUUCAUGGUGGGUGGCCUAGGCAUUGCUUCUGUCAUUCUUUGAGAAGCUCUAUGAGUUUGCAAACCUUAUAUAACAUUGGUCAGGUAUUAGAUGGAAUAGUCUGUAGUUGGCAGAGCCAUGAGGAAACGUUCUCUCCUCACAAUCACAACAUUUUUACCUGUUUUUGUAAGCUUUCACUUGCGAGGCUACAAGCUUCACCAGCUUAUUUGCUGUUGCAGCGCGACAAAGCGUUAGAAUGGGAUCGUACAUGGGAGGAGAGAUCGUACCGUCCUAAGACUCUAUUCAUAUGGGGGUUCCUUUGUGCCCGAAUGCGGAUAGCCUCCCUAAUCUAUCUGCUAUACUUGACGUUAUCGCGUGCAAGUAUGGAACUUUCCUUUCUAUUUAUGGAGUGGAUUGGAGUGGUGGCAGAGCCAUUAAAAAAUAAUAUAUAUUGAUUGAAAGCCAAUUUAUCAAUAGUACUAUAUUUUUGUACUAGAAAUGGAAUUGUGAAUGACUGAGUGAACACCGAUAUUGAUUGAUUGUACCAUUGGUUGAAUCUUUAUUCCUACAAAUAAAUUUUGGAUGACUCACUUCUUGAGCUGUUCAAAUUUGUGGAUGAUUCUUUGAUAGAUACCUGGUAAUUCCAAUGAAUGAAUGAAUACAUUAAUGAAUUUCAAUAAUCAGCAAAAGUCAAAUGCUUGUGAAUUAGACAACUGCCAGUGGCAUUUCAUUUCUCUACGGCAUGUAUGAGUUUCAUAAUAAGAAUUUUUAUUGCUGAUCUCAUUGGCUUUUGUUGGGUCAAUUUAUGACUUUAGGUCAGUUGAGUAUUACUCGUUUACAUAUCCAACUCAAGCCUAAAGUCCUCAAUAUUUUCAUGGAUUCGGGGAGGGGGGAUGAUUCUAGGCUAAGAUAUUUGAUUGAGUGCACCUAUACUGUUUGGUAUUCUCCUUGCUGCCAAGUACUACAUCAAUCCAGUUUCACCUUGAGUAAUCUACUUCCUGUAUCUGGAUACAGCCGUGUUUCUUGUGCGUGCACACAAAAAUGUGAAGCUAUCUAUGGGAUUUUUCACAUUUUCUAUUGCAGACACCCGCAUCUAUGUACUUUCAGUAAGCCAAAGAUUGCUUGAUUUCAACUCAAAGGGGAAUAAAACCUUUGGAAUAAGUAGGUUUGUGUCGAAACAGAAAUAUCAAAGAAUAAGAGCAAAGAAAGUUUGAGAAAAAUCAGACAAAUAAUGAGAAAGUUAUGAGCAUUUGAAUAUUUCAAUCACUAAUACCAUGGAGAUCCUCCCAUUGGCAAUGUGACAAGGAUGUGUGAUGUCACAUGUGAACAACUUUCCCUUUGAUGGACUAUAAAACACCCCCAAAAUGUCUCUUUUUGCUUUUUCUUAUGGUGAUACAAACUCUUUAUCCAUGAUGUAUUCUUUAAAAAUCGGUAUUACAUGCCCUCCUACAGAAAGAACACAUGAUCUACUGAUAGAUGUGAUAAAAGAGGCAGUUUAAGUGAAAUAUAUACUAAAGUAAUGGGGAGAGUUGUUUACAAGUGACAUCACACAUCUUUGUCGCAUUGCCAAUGUGCAGAUCUCCAUAGCAUUAAUGAUCGCAAUAUUCAAAUGCUCACAACUUUCCCAUUAUUUGUCCAAUUACUCUCAAACUUUCGUUGAUCUGUUUCUUUGAUUUUCCUGUUUUCACACAAGCUAUCUUGUUCCAAAGGUUUCAUUUUCCUUAAAGCAUUUUUCUGUACUGUUGUACUCGACCGACAAUUGACUAUACAGUGCGUAUCAUUAAAAAGGUUGCACUUUGUAAAUGUCCUGGCAAUUUUAAAAUUCACAAUAUGGGGAUAAUUUUCCACAUGUUUUCUUAGCCUUCAGUCUCUUCUAUCAGAUGGCAGUAUGAUUAUCACCCGAAUAUUAUGCUUGAGUGAGCACCGCUCUUAUUGGAAAGCUCAGAGAUAUUGGUUUGCACUAACAUGCUGACUUUUACAAUGUGUCAAAGAAGAAGGCAAUAAAAUAACUAAGUCACUUUUCGCAAAAGUUUUAAGAGUAAGUGGUGCUCACUAAAGCGGAAACUAUUGUUGACAUUCAUAUUACCACUCAUUUAAAGGGACUUAUACCAAUAUAAAAAUGUUUUUUAAAAUGUCAGGAUAUUAGAAAUGUUUUCAUUUUAUAAGAUUUUUUCAAAGUGUAAACUUUUUUUUUCACACACACUGUAAAAUGAAUGUGAGAUAGGUAAUCCAAGCUAGGUCUUGCCAUGGAUACAUCCCUCAGAGUUGAAGAUUUGGUGGGUGUAUUAUGAAUCGUAAGUUACGAAUGACUUUACGCACGACUGGUGACCCUUUCUUGUACUAAAUUAUCCCUGUGUGGCUGACUAAGCACCUGAGAAUGUGUACCAGUCUUGAAGGCAUGAAUAUAUACAUGUACUUGUAGGUCAAAUCUGACAUGUCAAAAGGUCAAGGAAUAUCCUGCAAGAGCACUGUACAGAUAUAGGUCAAGUCCAGAUGGACAAAACAGCUGAUUUGAAUGAAUUGCGAAAAAUCAAAGGAGCAUAACGCCGAAAUAUUUCAUCAAAUCGGAUGUAAAAUAAGAAAGAUUCUCUUGCUUUCACAAAAUUUUGAUAUGCAAAGAAUGGAAUAGAAGAUGUCACCCACUCACUAAAUUUGUCUCUUUAUGAUGUAUGGUGUGAAACACAAUUUUUGUUCCCCUCCUGAUUUAAUGUGAAACAAGGUCUGAUUCCUCCCAGAAUAGUGUAUAUAUUUUGUCAAGCAAAAAUGCCCCCCUCGCCCUUUCCAAUAGCACUGCACCUAUCAUAGAAUUAGGUGAACACAGUGUUACAUUUCCUAUUAAAGAUUUGCUUGUCAUUAUCUUUAUUGGAACCUGUUCAGUCCAUAAUAAAACAGCUAUGUUCUCUGACCUUCUUUCUGAAAUGGCGCCAUCUAGUGGUAACCGGGCACAUGCAUGUUCUUUUACUCCAGUCCUUCAAAAGUAAAAAAAAAAAAAAAAAAAGUUUCCUAAGAAUAAAUUACACGUAUAAUGACCCAGGAAAAGUCCAUUGAACAUAAUCAUUCUUCAUGUGAAUAUUGUUGAAAGACUAUUUUCUAAUCCAACAUUGCUGAAAAUCCUGUUUGAAAACUUGUACCAAGUUGUCCUACUCACAAGCUGCCCUGCCGAGUCCCUACGGGAGUUAUACCGUAAACAGAGUCAGAAACCCCACUACUUCUUCUUCUUUUUGAGUAAUGUGGAAACAAAAUUAAGGGAAGGAAGAAGAGUUUAUAUUAAAAAAAAACGAUAAAUGGCCCUAGUAUUUGAGGAAUAAUUUAUUGUCUUGCAACCACCCAACCCUCCUCCCCCUUCCCUCCCUUAAAAGACACCGACGCCAACCCUGAAUUGUUCAUCCUGUCCGUCCGGGAUAGAAGUAGCUCCCCUGGGAAAAAUAACAGCAGUUCCCCGGGGGAAAAAUGUCAAGCCAAAUUCUUAAAAAAUUGGUUCCAACAUGAUGUAUAGUCUAUUCAUACAUUUAUAAUUGUCGUGACAAUUCAGUGUACUUCCUUUUUUUCUUACAAAGGACAUUGUGCAAAUUUCAAGUAGGAAAAAUUAGAACAUAUAUUAGAGGUUGAUUGGAUCAAUCCUAACUCUUUGUAAGACGGGACCCUGAUAUCCACUCAUUCUCUUACAUUGUUGCCCCCCGCCCCUUCCCCAUUUCUGUUAAUACCUUGGUCACAUUUGCUCUACGGCGGCCGUAUGGCGAGUCAAAAACAGCCGUUUUAUUCAUUUUUAUUCAAACCACCUAUGUAAAGCUGGUACAAAAAAUGUGAAAACGGCUGUUUUCGACUCGCCGUACGGCCACCGUAGAGCAAAUGUGACCGAGGUAUAAGAUGACGAUGUCAUGAACUGUAUACAUGUGUAUAUUCGUAUUUAUUUGUGUUGCAUUGAAAUGUUUCUUUAUUCAUAUUUAUAUCUUGUUGUGAGAAGUAGGUGAAUAAUUAAGCAAGCAAUCAGAGGACAUUAUUAAAGGGCAAAUCCACCCCAACAAAAAGUUGACUUGAAUAAAAAGUAACAAGCAAAGCACUGAAAAAUUUCAUCAAAAUUUGAUGUAAAAUAAGAAAGUUAUGACAUUGUAAAGUUUCGCUUAAUUUCACAAAAUAGUAUUAUGCACAUCCUGGUCGGUAUGCAAAUGAGGAGACUGAUGACGUCAUCCACUCACUAUUUCUCUUGUAUUCUAUUACAUGAAAUAUUAAAUAUUCUAAUUUUCUCGUCAUUGUCAAGUGAAACAACGAUUGAUUCCUCCAUGAACAUGUGCAAUCAGCAUUGCUUAUUUGAUUCAGUCAAGUUGGUCCCUAUUGUCAAAUCUGUAUAAAAAAAAUGAAAUAUUGUAUAAUUCAAACAAUAAAAAACAAAAGAAAUAGUGAGUGAGGGACAUCAUCGACUGUCUCAUUUGCAUGUCAUUGAGUUGUGCAUUUCACUGUUUUGUGAAAAAUUUAAACUUUAAAAUGUCAUAACUUUCUUAUUUCAUGUAUUUUACAUCCGAUCUUGAUGAAAUUUUCAGGGUUAUGCUAGUUUGAUUUUUCUCUAUUAAUUCAAAUAAACAUUUUUUCUGGGGUGGACUUGACCUUUAAGCAAGCAAGUAGAGGACAUUAUUAAAGGAGAAUGAAACCCUUGAAACCAGCUGAAUCCAUAUCAAAGAGAAAAAUCAAAGAAACAUAUUGUUGAAAGUUUGAGGAAGAUUGAAUGAAUAAUAAGAAAGUUAUGAGCAUUCGAAUAUUGAGAUCACUAGUGCCAUGUAGAUCCUCCCAACGGCAAUGCGACCAAGAUCUGUGAUAUCACACACGUACAACUCCCUCAUUACUUUAGUACUUAUUUCACUUAUAUUCUCACUUUUAUGGAGUCUAUCACAAGGUGAGGUGUUCUCUUUAUGAGAUGACAAGUACAGAGGUUUCACAACAUUAUAUCAUUGAUGAAUCGUUUGUCAUAUGAUUAGAAUGAGCAAAAAGAGAUGUUUUGGGGUAUAUUUUCAGUGUCCAAAUGGGAGAGUUGUACGUGUGUGACAUCACAGAUCUUGGUCGCAUUGCCAAUGGGAGGAUCUCCAUAGCAUUAGUGAUCUCGACAUUCAAAUGCUCAUAACUCUUUUAUUGCUAGUCCUAUUUUUCUCAAAGUUUUGUUGAUCUUAUUCUUUGAUUUUUCUGCUUUCACAAAAGCUAACUUGCUCCAAGAGUUUCAUUCUCCUUUAAUGAAUGUCAUUGGUGUGGCAAUAUGACGAUGUAGCAAACUCUGUGACAGAACUCAGAGCGAAACAAGUUGUGAGUGAAUAUUAUAUGAAAAAGAGAAGUAUAAAUAACAAUUUGAUGUAUUAGCCUAAUGUUAUUACGAGUUAUGGUGCACAAAUUGCUAAUUUCUUUCAAGAACACCUUGCAUACUCUACGUUGAUGAACCACUUAUAUGUGUCAAAUGAAUGAAUUUGCAAAUUGAAUUUGGUUAAUGGAAAAUAAAAUACUUAUGUAUUUCAAAGCUUA